AUGGGGAAUAGACGUUUAAGUAAGAGACAACCAGAUCCUCCCACCUUCGACGAGUUCAAAUCUCGUAAGGACAAAAAAUCAAGCAAGAAGAAGGAGAAGGUCAAGAGACAACUUCCUACUGAGGAUGGUGUAGAAAAGAAGAAGAGUAAGAAACAAAAGAGUUCUAAGCCAGUUGCUGAAAAAGUGGAGAAAGAAGAAACAGAGGAAGAUAAAUUGCCAGAAGUUGACCUCGAGGAAUUGUCCAAGGCGAAGAAAUCUUUGUUCGAUGACGAAGAGGAAGAAGUUAAUGGAGAUUCUGAGGAUGAGCAGUUGCAAGAUGAAUUUGAUUUAGAACAGGAAUAUGAUGAUGACGAUGAUGAAGAUGAAGCACAUGCACAACAGAUGUUCUCUGAUGAUGAUGACGAUGAAGUCGAUUUGGAAGAAUUGAAUGUCGACAACAUGGAAUCUCUUUCUAAAAAGUUGGAUGAAGAACAGGCGCUUGAUGCAGAGGAAGCUGAAAUGGAAUUGGUUGAGGGUGAAAGGGAACAACCAAAGGCAAAUGUUCUACCUACCGAAGAAGAAGAAGAGAUGGAGGCUCAACAACAGCCUGAUCUAACCACCGUUAGGACGAGAAUGAUUGAGAUUGUUAAAGUGCUUGAUGACUUCAAGAACUUGGCUGCUGAAGGUAGAUCAAGAACUGAAUACGUGGAUAGAUUGAUUAAGGACAUUUGUCAAUAUUUCGGUUAUUCGCCAUUUUUGGCAGAAAAAUUGUUCCAAUUGUUUUCUCCCGCUGAAGCCUUGGAGUUUUUCGAAGCAAAUGAAAUUUCUAGACCUAUUACCAUAAGAACAAACACUUUAAGAACGAGAAGAAGAGAUUUAGCUCAAGCAUUAGUAAACAGGGGUGUCAAUUUACAACCAAUCGGUUCUUGGACUAAAGUGGGUCUUCAAAUUUUCGACUCUCAGGUACCUAUCGGUGCCACUCCAGAAUAUUUGGCCGGUAAUUAUAUUUUACAAGCUGCAUCUUCUUUCCUACCGGUAAUUGCCUUAGAUCCUCAAGAAAAUGAACGUAUUCUAGAUAUGGCCGCUGCUCCGGGUGGUAAGACUACUUACAUCUCAGCACUUAUGAAGAAUACUGGUUGUGUGUUUGCCAAUGAUGCUAACAAGUCUAGAACUAAAUCUUUGGUGGCGAACAUCCAUCGUCUCGGUUGUACAAAUACAAUUGUAUGCAAUUACGAUGCUCGUGAGUUCCCUCGUGUCAUCGGUGGGUUUGAUAGAAUAUUGUUAGAUGCACCAUGUUCAGGUACUGGUGUCAUCGGUAAGGAUCAAUCGGUUAAAGUUUCACGUACCGAGAAGGAUUUUAUGCAAAUUCCUCAUUUGCAAAAACAACUUCUAUUAUCUGCCAUUGAUUCUGUAGAUUCUCAUUCAAAGACUGGUGGUAUUAUCGUUUAUUCUACAUGUUCCGUGGCAGUUGAAGAAGACGAACAGGUUGUAGAUUAUGCGCUGAGGAAAAGACCUAAUAUCAAAUUAAUCGAAACCGGAUUAGCCAUUGGUAAAGAAGGAUUUGCCAGCUAUAGAGGUAAAAAAUUCCAUCCUAGUUUAAAAUUGACAAGGAGGUAUUAUCCACACACUUAUAACGUUGAUGGGUUUUUUGUUGCUAAAUUCCAGAAGUUGGGUCCAUCUCCACACGACGACAACCAAAACUCUGCCAAGGAGAAGGAAGCUGCUGCCGUCAAAGAAGCAGUCGAAGAAGGUAUUAUCCAUUCCGAUUUUGCCAGCUUCGACAACGAAGAGGACGACAAAUACAUUCAGAAAUCUCAGAAACAGAAUUUGUUGAAAAGAGGUGUGAACCCCAAGUCGGUAAAAUCAAACAAAUAA